AGCGGCGGGCGGGCGGCGCCGGCGGUGCCCCGGGCGCGCACACACACAUACACACACACAUACACACACACACACACACACACACACACUCACGCACGCACGCACACACACACACAUACACACACACACACCACACACACACACCGCCUCGUACACACUCACACACGCUCCGGCGCGCACACGCGGCGCGCAGGCCAGAGGGAGGAGGCUCCGCGCGGCUCGGCGGCGGCGGCGGCGGCGGCAGCGUGCUCCGCGGGCGGCCGGGAGGGCUGGCGGGCGGCCCCCGCUCCCCGGCUCCGCGGCUCUGUGCAGCCCGCGCGGCCCCCGCCCUCGGACCCGCCCCCGGGGGUCGCCCGGCCCCAUGCCCUGCAGCGGCGGCAGAGCAGCGCGCGGCCGCUGGCGGCUCUGAGGAGCCCGGAGGGAGCCGGCGACGAGGGGACCAUGUACCGGGACCCGGAGGCGGCCAGCCCAGGGGCGCCCACCCGCGAUGUCUUGCUGGUCUCUGCAAUCAUCACCGUCAGCCUUAGCGUCACUAUCGUCCUCUGCGGCCUGUGCCACUGGUGUCAGCGCAAACUGGGCAAGCGCUACAAGAACUCCUUGGAGACGGUGGGCACGCCAGACUCUGGGCGUGGGCGCGGUGAGAAGAAAGCCAUCAACGACCUAGACAGAGACUUUUGGAAUAACAAUGAAAGCACAGUGCAGCAGAAAUGGAGUUCCUAUCCUCCCAAGGAGUUUAUUCUAAACAUUUCACCCUACGCCCCUUAUGGCGACCCUCGACUGUCCCUCAAUGGCACCCUCCUGUCAGGCGCCAAAGUGGCCACUGCAGCGGCGGGGCUGGCGGUGGAGCGGGAAGGCCGGCUGGGGGAGAAGCCGGCGCCGGUGCCACCACCCGGAGAGGACGCCUUGAGAAGCAGCGGGGCUGCCCCCAGCGAGCCGGGCAGCAGUGGCAAGGCGGGGAGAGGCCGAUGGCGGAUGGUGCAGAGCCACCUGGCCGCAGGGAAGCUCAACUUGUCCAAUUUCGAGGACUCCACCCUGUCCACGGCCACUACCCUUGAGUCUAUCCCCAGCUCCGCGGGAGAGCCGAAAUGCCAGCGACCCCGCACACUGAUGCGGCAGCAGAGCCUUCAGCAGCCGCUGAGCCAGAACCAGAGGGGCCGGCAGCCCAGCCAGCCCACCACCAGCCAGAGCCUGGGCCAGCUGCAGGCCCACGCGGCCUCAGCACCGGGCUCCAACCCCCGGGCCUAUGGUCGGGGUCAGGCUCGGCAGGGCACUUCAGCCGGCUCCAAGUACCGGGCAGCUGGGGGCCGCAGCCGCUCCAACCCAGGCAGCUGGGACCACGUGGUGGGGCAGAUUCGAAACCGAGGCUUGGACAUGAAAUCCUUCCUGGAAGGCCGGAUGGUGGUGCUAUCCCUGGUAUUAGGGCUUUCGGAACAGGAUGACUUUGCCAAUAUCCCUGACCUGCAAAACCCAGGAACCCAGCAGAACCAGAACGCUCAGGGGGACAAGAGGUUGCCUGCAGGAGGGAAGGCUGUGAAUACAGCCCCAGUGCCGGGCCAGACGCCACACGAUGAGUCUGACCGCAGAACGGAGCCCCGUUCCUCUGUCUCGGACCUCGUCAACUCCCUCACCAGCGAGAUGCUCAUGCUCUCCCCAGGCUCCGAGGAGGACGAGGCCCAUGAGGGCUGCAGCCGAGAGAACCUGGGCCGCAUCCAGUUCAGCGUUGGCUACAACUUCCAGGAGUCCACGCUCACCGUGAAGGUCAUGAAGGCCCAGGAGCUUCCAGCCAAGGACUUCAGUGGCACCAGUGACCCCUUCGUCAAGAUCUACCUGCUACCCGACAAGAAGCACAAACUGGAGACCAAGGUGAAGCGGAAGAAUCUGAACCCACACUGGAACGAGACCUUUCUUUUUGAAGGGUUUCCCUACGAGAAAGUGGUGCAGAGGGUCCUCUACCUCCAGGUCCUGGACUAUGACCGUUUCAGCCGCAAUGAUCCAAUUGGGGAAGUGUCAAUCCCUCUCAAUAAGGUGGACCUGACUCAGAUGCAGACCUUCUGGAAGGAUCUGAAGCCAUGCAGCGAUGGGAGUGGGAGCCGAGGGGAGCUGCUCUUGUCUCUCUGCUACAACCCCUCUGCCAACUCCAUCAUCGUGAACAUCAUCAAAGCUCGCAACCUCAAAGCCAUGGACAUUGGGGGCACAUCAGACCCCUAUGUAAAGGUGUGGCUGAUGUAUAAAGACAAGCGGGUAGAGAAAAAGAAGACAGUGACGAAGAAGAGGAACCUGAACCCCAUCUUCAACGAGUCUUUCGCCUUCGACAUCCCCACGGAGAAACUGAGGGAGACCACCAUCAUCAUCACUGUCAUGGACAAAGACAAGCUCAGCCGCAAUGACGUCAUUGGCAAGAUCUACCUGUCCUGGAAGAGCGGACCAGGUGAAGUAAAACACUGGAAGGACAUGAUCGCUCGUCCCCGGCAGCCUGUGGCCCAGUGGCACCAGCUGAAAGCCUGAGUGGGGCCAAGGGAGGCCUUAAGGGCCAAGGCCUGGGUCCCCAUCAUGUCCCUACCACUUUAUGCACAAUGCCCAGCCCGGCCCCCCUGACAUGGGUGAGGGGAGAACCCUGAGGGCUCAGACAGGAAGGGGUACCAGAACUCUACUGGGCCCCAUUUCUAGGAAGUACCAGCCCCACCCCCAUGAGUCCAACUUGGGAGUGAGGGCUCUGGGAGCCAUUUCCCUGCUUUGCCUCUUUCUUUCUUGAUUUGCUGAUACUAAAGAAGUGGGGGAAGCUCAAGAGCCAGAUGGGCAGAUGGGCAGAUCCCUCCAGAGGCCCGCCAGGUGGGCAUAGCCCUCCGUUUUCUUUAAGGCAGUGCCUGGAGUGGAGAGAAGCCACCACUUUCUAGCCCUCCUUUUUGGGGCCCAGGAGAGGAAGGCUGAGGCGUUUGGCCUCAGCCUGGUCAUCAGGCCCACCCCCAGCUUCAGGUGCCGGCUGCGCCCUGGACGCCAAGGAUAGUAUAUAGCCUGUGCUCCAGGGUCCUGGAGACGUGGCCCUGUGUAUUUGUGUUGUGUCUACUGUGUGUGUGUGUGCGUGUGUGUGUGUGUGUGUGUGUGUGUGUGCAUGUGUGUAAGCUCAUGUGCACAUGUGUGAAAGGGGGUGCUCACUCCCUGUCCCCUGGGGCUGGCAGUGCUGACUGGCUAUGGAGAGUAGCAGAAUUUCAUGAGGAUGAAGUGGGACUGGGUCAGGUAGAGGUCAAGGUCACAGGGAAGGCAGGAGAGGAAAGGUAUGGAUAGCUGACCAGAAGGAGUGGGGGCCAAGGCAGAUGCUCCUGGCACCCACUUUGCCUGUCUCUGUAGCCCCCACCCUCCUAAUUCCCCAGUAGCAAUUUCCCAUUCCAAUGUUGUUUCUUGGGCCUGGGCUUACACUUUGUAGGGACUUAUUCACCGUGUGCAUGGCCUUCCAACAGGGCACCACUCCCUCCUUCUCAGGCAUCCCUAACCCCUUACCCGGGGACUCCCACCUUCCCAGAUCUCAUAUUCCAGCCAAGUUGGCAUCUGCUCCACGCUCUCUGGCUUGGAUACAGCCCCUUGUCCCCACUCCUCACCCCAACACCUCCAUCCCUUUAUUUGCAUAAUCUGAUCUUUUCCAGGCUGUCUUGGUACAACCCCCUAAUCCCCCUGAUCCCCCUCUUUCUGCCCCUCCCACCCACCAUGCACACAGAGGAAACAGGGAACAUUCCAGGAGUCUGAAGUUGCCAUACCCAAAGAAGCUGCCGUUUCUCCUCCGAGCCUCUGCGGAGACUGGAGAUGGCUUCCCCUUGGAAACAGCAGACUCCAAAGUGAUCCCUCUGAAGUCCUGUCAUCCCUCUAUGCUGUACUGAGAAAAGAGCCAGCCAGUGACAGAGCUUUAAAACCAGUUCAGGCUUGAGCCCAACAUUCCCAUAACCUACCACGAGGUGGCACCAGAGCACCACAUCUGUGGUAGCAGUUGGGACCACAAUUCUACCCUGGGCUCUGGACUGGAUCUGCAUAUCCAGAGCACAGUGGAAGCAUAGAUAUUUGGGCACAUUUCCCUCCAGUGGGCUUCCCCUGGAGCUCAACUUUCUGCUCUAGGCAGCGAGAUCUCCUUUUGCCCAUAUCAAAAUGUUCUUAAAUUGAAUUUCACACCCGGUUCCCUGGGACCUCUUAUGUAGUAGGCGAAUCAUUUGUAGAGUGAAAAAUUCCAUUGUAAAAAAAAAAAAAAAAAAAGUUACCCAUGUUACUUGUAAAUCUAAAUGUUUCUCUACUGCAGCUUUUGCUUUAAGUGGGGUCUGCUCCAACUGCCUUGCCCAGCUGGGUGUAGCCCCCAGAAAGGGACCCCAGAGGCUGUGUGGAAAUAGAAGAGGGUACUAUCAAGAGUCUAGAAAUUUGAGAGCAAUUGCUCCCAUCCUUCCCUCCAUCUGCCUCGGUCUCCUGAGCACUCCCACAGAGCCAUCUGAGGGACCCAAGCAACUUGCACCAGUGAGUAAGAAGAUUUAUGUGAGAGCAGCAGAUUUAUGCGAGGCUCCUUCAUGCACCUCUUAGCCAGUCAGCUCAGAGAGCAUCCCCCACACACAGCUAUUCCCCCUCAGACCCUACCUAGGUCUGACCCAACCUGGAAUUCCCCUACAUGUAGCUGGAGUGAGGGAUACCAGCAAGAGACUCCAAAUGGUGAGCCAAGAGCAGAGUGGAUUUGCACAAGAAGCAGCUGGCUGAUAGGAAUCUGAGCAUAAGAAAGUUAGGGUAAUGGC